CGUUUUCCCCGAGGACAAUAAGACAAGAACCUCUUCCGGCUGUGAAACAUGGCGGCGCCCAUUGGAAGGACCACAUUUGGGAGCGGGACCAUAAGGCACUUCCGUCCGGGUUCAGCUCUUCCGCGAACCCGGGACACGGGCUUCAGGCAUGGGGUUAGACGGCCUGGCGCGGCUGCAUGGGCUCUUCGCCGCCUACAAGCCCCCGGGACUAAAGUGGAAGCAUCUGCGCGAUACCGUGGAGCUGCAGCUUUUGAAAGGUCUCAAUGCUGGGAAGCGUCCUGCCUCUGAACAUCGUGUUCGCUUCCUGCUGGGCCCCGUGGAAGGCAGUGAAGAGAAGGAGCUGACCCUCACAGCCACCAGUGUGCCCACCCUCAUCGACCAUCCGCUGGUACGUGGACCAGCAUUCACCAGCCUGAAGAUUGGCAUGGGGCACCGACUGGAUGCCCAGGCGUCUGGGGUGCUUGUGCUCGGCGUGGGACGUGGACGAAGGCUCCUCACCGACAUGUACAACGCUCACCUCACCAAGGAUUACACAGUGCAUGGCCUCCUGGGCAAAGCCACAGACGACUUCUGUGAGGACGGGCGGCUGGUGGAGAAGACGACGUAUGACCACGUGACCAGAGAGAAGCUGGAGCGAAUCCUGUCCCUGAUCCAAGGUUCCCAUCAGAAGGCUCUGGUGAUGUACUCCAACGUUGACCUACAGACCCAGGAGGCCUAUAAGAUGGCCGUGAGCGGCGUGCUCCGGCCCAUGAACAAGUCCCCAAUGCUGGUAACUGGCAUCCGAUGCCUCCAGUUUGCGCCUCCAGAAUUCCUCUUAGCUUGCAGGAUCUUAGUUCCAUCACCAGGGAUCCAAUCCUACCCUUUUAAGAAUAAAGGUGGGGCUUCCCUGAUGGCGCAGUGGUUGAGUCCACCAUGGGCGCUAAGCCUGCACGUCCGGAGCCUGUGCUCCGCAACAGGAGAGGCCACAACAGUGAGAGGCUGCGUACUGAAGAGACACAUAAGCAAUUGCACAUCCAAGGGGAGAAAGAUUCCAGAGAGUAUAUCUUUUCUUCCCUUCUUUGCCCUUAUCCAUCAAAACCAGAAAGGGGUAUGAAUUCCAAUGAUCAGGAAUUGGCUCUCGAACUUGUUAGCUGACAUCUCAGUGUCCGCUGGCUCUAGUGGCCUCAGGCAGCUUCUGUUCCUCGGCCUCCGGCUGCUCCCACAUCACCGAGUUGCACAGCUGCAGCCUCGGCCUCCUUUAAAAGUAAAACUCCAGGCUUCCCUGGUUGCGCAGUGGUUGAGAAUCCAUCUGCCAAUGCAGGGGACAUGGGUUCAAGUCCUGGUCCGGGAAGUUCCCACGUGCUGUGGAGCAGCUGAGCCCGUGUGCCACAACUACUGUGACCACGCUCUAGAGCCCGUGAGCCACAACUACUGAGCCUGCGUGCUGCAACUACUGAAGCCCACGUGCCUAGAGCCCGUGCUCCGCAACAGGAGAGGCCACCACAGUGAGAAGCCUGCGCACCGCAACGAAGAGUGGCCCCCGCUCUCUGUCACUAGAGAAAGCCUGCACGCAGCAACGAAGACCCAACGCAGCCAAAAUUAAAUAAAUAAAUAAAUUUAUUUUUUAAAAAAAGAGUAAAGCUCCUGGAAAGAUUGUCUCUAGUCGCUGCCCCCAGUUCUCACCAUAUGCUCCCUGGAACCCACUCUAAUCAGACACUCACUCUCCACUGCUUUCCAGGAACCGCUCUUGCCAAGGUCAAGGACGACCUCCUCCUCUUUAAAUCCAGCGGCUCCUUCUCAGCAGGGUCUGACACAGCCGGUCACUGCCUCCUCCUGGAACAGUCUCCUCCUCCCUCCCUGGCUCCUUCUCAGCCUCUUUGCUGGGGCCCCUCCUCCCCUGCUCUCCUCCGCGGUGCCCACAAGCUCCAGGCAGCUCUACUCUCGGCCCUCACUCGCUCCUUGAGGAUGUCAGUCUGAAAUCACAUGGCUUGAAUCCCAUCAAUCUGUCAUGCUCCUGGUGCCCAUAUUUAUGUUACCUCUCACCGGACCCUUCCCAUGAACUCCAUUCCUAAAUAUCUGUUCUUUAGCAUUUCCACUUCCGUGUUGAGCUGGCAUCUCAAACCUAACAGAUCCCCAGACUGACUGCUUAUCUUCCCCUGCACCCUGCUCUCCCCCAGAAUUCCUCACUCCAGUAACUCACAGUUCCACCCUUCCACUCGCUCAGGCCAAAAUCCUAAAAGCCCCCUUUUCCUCACACCCCAUAUUUAACCCAUCAGCAAAUCCUGCUGGCUCUACCGUCAAAAGACUGUUGUUUCCAGAAUCUGACCCCUUCCUUCCUCCCUCCCUCCCUCUCUUUCUUUAGUUCCCCAUCUGGGAUGAACUGGUGCCCCCUGCAGUGGAAGCGUGGAGUCUCAACCACUGGACCGCCAGGGAAGUCCCAGAAUCUGACCAUUCACCUCGGUCCACUUACCCCCUCAUUUUGCUGUACACCUGAAACAUUGUAAAUCAACUAUACUUCAGUUAAAAAAAUGCUAUUUAUAAAAUUUAAAAAAAUAUAUGUAUUCGGCAGGGAGGGGAGGGAGGCCCAAAUUUUCUGAGCUUCGGGUCCCAACCCUUUUUGGCCUCGUGGCAUGCAGGAUCUUAGUUCCCCAACCAGGGAUCAAACCCGUGCCCCCUGCUGUGGAAGCAUGGAGUCUUAACCACUGGACCGCCGGGAAAGUCCCUGGGUCCCAACCCUUUUUCAUAAGUGCCAGCACUUACCACCAUCUGAAGAAUGAUUUAUUUUUUAUUUGCUUUAUUGUCUGUCUCCCCCACCUUAGAUGAAUGAAUAUCAAUACCCAGAUAACCGCAGUUUUCAAGGUAACGAAUUUUCUCUUCUUACAUUCCCCAGCUCACUCCCCCCACCCCACCCUAUUGCACCAAGAAUGUUAGCUCAUUAAGGCCCCACUUUGAGCUGUAAGGACCUUGCAUUCCCAGGGGAGCCAGGAAUAUGCUUAGAACGCCCAAAUCUAUCAUCCUAACAAUGAGCUGACAUUUGCCUAUUUCAUUAGAGUCAUUAAUCCAGCUUUUAUAUCUAUGAUCAUUUGUGAAGUGGCCACGGCAGGUAUUAUUUUACCUACUUUAUAGAUGAGGAAACUGAGGUCUGGGGAGGUCCCGCCACCACCAGCCCAGCCUCCUGCAUCUGUCUACACAUGGCAUGGCCUGCUGAGCUUUAGCUCUGGCCAUAGAAUAAAAACAAACAAAACCCCGUUCCCACCACCGUAUCAUCAUCUGAUCUCUUCUGCAGUAUCCAGUCAGACCCUGACUAACCCCCUCCUUCGAGCACUUCAGCAGGAGGCGUGGGACUCACCUGGAGGUGGGCUGGGUAACCAGAGGGACAGACAUUAGUUACUCCAAGAAGUUUCCCUCUUGGUGAGACCUGGAUCGGGAUGCUUUCGGGGCAGUGGACAUUGACUAAGAGAGACAAGCAUCAGGUGGGUGGCCGGGUGUGAUGGGUGGGGUGGUGGGCUGUCCCGGGGCCUUCCAGCCCCCUUGUGGUCUGCAAAGCAGCCUGUGACCCCCUGCCCAGCAAUCUUCUCCAAGUAGUCCCCGCCCCCAACCCUACAGGUACUUCCUGAGCCCCUAGUAAAUCAGAAACGAGAAGAGCCCUAAGAUGGCAAAACAGGCCAAUCUCCUUCCGGGCAAACCAGCUGGGCAGGUCUGCUGGUGCCAGGGUGGAGGUCGGAGGAGCAGAGCUAGCAAAUGCCUGGGCCUAUGAGAAGGCUCUGGGGAGAAGCCAGAUACAAUCUCACCUAGGUUUGAUCCAGAGCUGGCUCUUAGGGUCUGGUGGCUCUGUAGAUGGGCUUGAAGAUGGCUGGUUUGGAGGCAGGAUUUGAUUGGAUGUUAUUCCUGGUGGUUAGAAGCAACCUGUCAACCAUCCAGGAAUGCUCACCGGAGAGGCCAGAUAUCAAAAACACCUGGGGAGCUUGUUACAAAAAAUACAGGCCUGCCCCCCUACCAAAGCAGAAUCCCUAGGGAGGAGUUAGGGACCCAUAUCUUUUCCUUUAAAAGCCCUCUCAGGUAAUUGUGACACUCAAGAGGUUUGGAAAUUAUUACCUGGUCUUUAAAGAGAAUGACUGUGGGGACUUCCCUGGUGGCAGUGGGUAAGACUCCGUGCUCCCAAUGCAGGGAGUCCGGGUUCAAUCCCUGGUCGGGGAACUAGACCCCUCAUGCAUGCUGCAACUAAGACUCGGUGCAGCCAAAAUAAAUAAAUA